AUGGACUGCGGCGCAGGAGCGGCUCUGGGGCAGCAGUUUGCGAAGAAUGCCCUCCACAUGCAUGGCGGCGUCGGCCUCGGCACCAGCGGCAACCCCGAGCAGGAUGCCCUCAUGAAUGAGAUGAUGAUGCAGCAGCAGCAGCAGAACCCGGGGGCCCCUGCAGAGUGGGCGCAGCACUUCGCCGCCCUUCAGCAGCAGCAGCAGCAUCAGCAAAUGACGAUGCAGAGGCACCAGAAUGAUGCCAUGAUGCUUCACCACCAGCAGCGUGAUAUGGAGGAGGCGUUCCGCGCGUCCUCCGCUGGGCCGCAGCAGGGCGUGGCCGGGCCGGCCAUGAUGCAGCCGCACAUGAUGGUGCCGCCAAUGAUGGGCGGCCCGGGCUUCGGCGGCUUCGUGAUGGGCGCGCCGCCAAUGAUGCCGUACGCCCCUAUGAUGAUGGCACGCCCGGCAAUGGCAACAGCGGGCAACAGGGCCGUGGCACAGGAGGCUACCACGACAUCGGCGCAGCAGCAGCAGCAGGAUGACGGUGCGUGGACGGAGAAGCUGCGCAACGCAGAGUGGGCCCAGGACUACAACGACGCGCAGGUCUUUACUGCGGAUGGGAAGCCGGAACAGACAACGGAGGAGCACGCUCAGAACUCCAAGUUCUAUCAGUUCAUGGACAAGAUUCGCAACAAGGAGCUGCUGAUUGACGAGGAGACCGGGCAGGUUGUGCAGGGACCGGGCCCCGACCCUGACGUGGCGGAGGACACAGAGUACCUAAAGGAGUGGGCCGCUGCUGAGGGCCUCGAGAUGCCGCCAGGCGUCUUUGAAAAUAUGUUGCCACACCAGCAGCAGCAGCCCCUGCACGGCGGCAUUAUGCCCGGCGGCAGCGAAGACGCCAUGAUGGGCGACGCCACGCAAGACCCCGCCGCCGAAGUGGAGGAGUGGGCGAGGGAGUAUGCCGAGAUGCAGGAUCGGCUGCAGCAGGCGCAGAACAAUACCGACUACCCGUUUGAGCCAAACAACCCGUACUUGUACCACGACAACCCGAUGGAGGAGGGGCGGGAGAUGCUGCAGCUCGCGAACCUCGCGGAGGCCGCCCUCGCCUUCGAGGCGGUCUGCCAAAAGGAGCCGAACUCGCUUGAGGGCUGGCGCCUCCUUGGCACCACGCAGGCGGAGAACGAGAAGGACGGUCUCGCCAUCAUUGCACUCAACAACGCGCGCAGAGUGGACCCGAAGGACACCGCCGUACACGCCGCACUGGCGGUGUCGCACACCAACGAGCACAAUGUGCAGGCGGCGCUGCAGUCGCUGCGGGCAUGGCUGCUGUCCCACCCGCAGUACGAGCAGCUCGGCUCCGUGAACCUGCAGGACGGCGCGGCACCCACCGAAGCAAUUAGCGACGACAUGGACGUGGCCGACGAAGAGUUCUUCUUCGCCGCGCCGAGUGAGUACCGCGACUGCCGCACGCUCCUCAACGCCGCAGUGGAGAUGAACCCCGGCGACGCGCAGCUGCACGCCAGCCUCGGCGUGCUGCACAAUCUCUCGCACCGCUACGAAAUGGCCGCCGCGAACUUCCGCCGCGCCGUCGAGCUUCGCCCCGACGGGGCGGAGCUGUGGAACAAACUCGGCGCCACACUCGCCAACGGCAACAAGCCCGAGGAGGCCCUUGUCGCGUACAACCGCGCCCUCGACAUCAACCCGGGCUACGUGCGCGCGAUGUACAACAUGGCGGUGUCGUACUCGAACAUGCAGCAGUACGCGGCCGCGGCGAAGCAAAUCACGCGGGCGAUCGCAGUGCAGGCGGGCGGCACGAACCCGCAGGGCGACAGCUCGCGGCAGGCGACGCGCGGGUUGUGGGACCUCCUGCGCAUGUCGCUGAACCUCAUGGAACGCCCCGACCUCGUUGAGGCAUCGUGGCAGCAGGACGUGGCGCCGUUCCUCAAGGAGUUCGGGAUGGAGGACAUGAUUGUCUAA